CUGCGCAGGCGCGCAAGUACCUAAAAAAUGCCAAUAAUUACGAGCUAAACAUCGGCGUGACGGCGUUGGAUGAAUUUCGAAAAAUUUCAUUUAUCAUUCACUUGGGGUUGCUGGAGAGACGUUUCGCUGCAAGACUUUCAACUUUGGAUUACGACUAAACCGGAAAAUUCGUUAAAGCCGUGAGACGUGUGCGAAUUAUAGCUAAUUUUUUGCUAAAUAAUCGCAAGAAAAAAAUUUAAUAACUACACAACUUUUUUUGGGUGGAAUUGGAGACGUGCGCGUCGCUAUUUUAAACUAUACCGUCUAUCGACAAUCGGCAUCGUUUGAAAUCGACAUUAAACCUAAGUACGAAAUCCAAAAUUGAAAGCCUACCAGAAUAAUUGUAGUAUCCCGUGAGCCACACAUCGGACCACAUCGCGUACAAAGCCAUAUAAUAUAGGUGUGGAGGUACUUAAUAUACAACAAUACAACAUGCACGAUUUCUCAAGGCCACCAGGAUUAUUACGAUAUUAACUAAGAGAAAAAAUUAUUGCACUGCAAAUCGUUUUGGUGUAUCAGAAGACUUCCAACGUUGGCCGAGUGAAGAUAGUCAAUAAUUGUUUAUUUAAUUUAAAACCGACCGUUGAAUUUCAUAUUUAUUAUUAAAUUAAAAACGAAACAAUAUUACAAUUUUUUUCACCUUAUUUUUAUUUAAAUACAAUUGAAAACAUGAUUUUUAUAAAAGUGAAUACACAAUUGCUACCGCUGAAAAUGUGCUUCUUCUUCAUGUUUGCAUGUUUCGGACCUAUGGUUGGAUUUUUGCCUACAAUUGCCAAACAAUUGGGCUACUCAUUAACCACUUAUGGUGCUUCUAUGACGUUCAUGUCGGUGGUAUCGACGAUCCUCGUACCAUUGUCCGGUGUCAUUGUCGACAAAUUCCGGAUAAAAAAAACAUUAUUUUUAGUGGUCAUACUUGGCAUGGGAGUGGUUGCGUUGUUGUUCUUGUUCGUGCCGAAAGCACCUUUGGACUUGGCCAUAACCGAAUUAAAAUGCGACGCAAAAACGACUAGCAUGACCGUUUUCAACGAGAAUAAUAAUUUGCAAACGACGAAUAACAUAACUCAUUACACCGUUGCGAACCACAAUAGUAGUGAUGAUUUAAUAACGUGCAAGUUAAAUUGUCAAUAUGCAGAGUUGUGUGGUGAAGGUUAUAAAAUAAAUAAUCUAAAGAACCAAUCCGACUUGAGUGAUUUGUGGAUGAAAACAAUUAAUGAUAUCGAAAAUCAAAACAAAUACAACCAGAUCGACUUGACAUUAAUGCCUAAAGACGUAGAACAGACGGAGCAGAUUGCAAAUUCGUACAUCUUUCAAGUGUUAUCUGUCCAAAUAAAUGGCACGCAAAUACUUUCACCGACCUGCCAAUGCAAUUUAAAAACAUUUUGCCAUAUCACGAACUGUUCAAAUCAAAAAAUAAUAGACGUAGCCACCUCCACAACGUACAGAGGAAACGUGCUUACCUUGUAUCAAUUUUGGAUUUUUUUCACACUUGUGGCGACGUUUUGGGCUUGUUGUACGAUUGCAUCUACAAUCAUAAAUCCUAUUUGUCUCGACACUUUGGGAGAAAAAUCUGCCGAGGAUUUCGGAAAACAAAAAUGUUGGGGGUCAAUCGGUUGGGGGGGAUUUUCCAUAUUCAUUGGGUGGCUCGUGGAUGUAUUCAGUUUCAAUAAAAAGGAUAAAGACUAUUCACCCGUUUUUUAUUCUACUAUUUUGAUCACAGCAUUUAAUUUUGGAGUAGUAAAACAAAUAAAAGUUGUCGAAACGAACAAAUCCGAAGGUCGAUGGAAAAACAUGUGUGGGCUGUUUACUAAAUAUUACAUGAUUUCAUUUUGUGUGUGGUCAAUAUUCAACACACUUUUCCACACAAUCGUCACUCACUUUCUGUUCUGGUACAUGGAAGAUUUAGUCGCUGCCAACAAUGACCCCAGCCAACGGGCAUGGUUAAAAACGCUGCAAGGUCUAGCUCAAGGCAUCCAGUGUUUCGGCGGUGAGAUACCAUUUUUUUUCUGGUCCGGUUGGAUAAUCAGAAAGAUGGGUUAUGGGAACUGCAUGGCCCUAGUGCUGGCAGCUAUGGCCGUCAGGAUGUAUCUCUAUACAGUCAUCUGGAAUCCCGUCUGGAUCAUUGCAAUAGAAUUAUUAAAUGGCGUGUCGUACGCGUUGGGAUACUCGGUGAAAAUGUCCUACGCAAAAAUGUUGGCACCUCCCGACACACUAAACACCAUAAUUGGGUUUAUAGGAUUUUUCGAUUGUAUCGGUGAAUCUAUAGGUAGUCUGGUGGGCGGAUAUUUGUUCGAUACAUAUGGCGGAGUGUGGUCUUUUCGAUUUUUCUCCUAUAUGUCUCUUUUAAUGUGCUCUAUAACCAUACUAACCAAUUAUUUUGGAUUGACAAAGGAAUCUACAACUUUAAAAGACAACGCAGAAUCGACGAAUAUGGAUCUCAAAAUUACCAAUAAUAAUGCCGAUAAAAAAAUAUGAUGUUUUAUUCAUAAAAAAUAGUGGACAUAUUUUAUAAAAAUGCCACAUUUAAUUAGUUGAAUAUUAUAAUUAUUUAAUUUUUUAGCGAGCAGAGUAGAGUUGCACAUGGGUAUACACCGAAACGUGUUGAUCAACUGCUCUCUGCUCAUCUGACUUACUCAUAAACCAUAAGUUAAGACUAUGUACAUAUUUAAUUUAAUAAUUUAUAACUAUGCGUUAAAAAUUUGAUUUGCUGAAAUAAUUCCUUUGCAUGGGAAUAUUGAUUAAAUAUUUAAAUGUUGACAUUUAAGAAAGGAAACAACCCAAAUUAUCUUAAAAAUUACGAAGACAAAAAAUUGUAAAAAAUAUUAUAUAAAUGUUGAAAUGUAUAUAGUUUAUAUCGAGGUAGGUACAUGACUAGUUUCUGUAUCAACUACUAUCAAUACUGAUGUGUAGAUUUUACACAAGGCUUGGCACAGUAUCUCGGCCUCAUGUGCCUGUGAAAUGUAUGCCUACAGAUGUAUCAAAACCACAAGUUGACAAAAUAUUUACCCGUAUUGUGCCUAAACACUUUUUCGUGAGUAUACUGUGUGUUUCAAGUUGAUUAAAGUGAUACGGGAUACAUUUUGAAA